CCUCCAUCCAACCAUCCCAUUUUAUCUGCAUUGUGCCGCCGGCCCUGCUGCUCUAGCCCCUCCCUGCGCUAGCCGCUAAGGCAUCCAGUUCCAGCCGGAUGAGCGAAUCGUAUUGUUGCCCUCACGCUUUCUUUCUCAUUCGUCCGUCGUGAAGAUCCUGCCUUUUCCAUCCAAGUCCGCCUUCUCUCUAUCAGUCGCCCUGCCCUCGUCCUCCUCCCCCCCAUCCGUGCUCCCCAGCGUGCUUCCGACAAUUUCAAUCUCAACCUCUCACUCCUGAAUGUUCAUUUUUACGUCCAUCCUUCAUCAUGUUGACGGUUGAGAAGCAGUGGAUCAAUGUACAACAGAAAACCUUUACCAAAUGGUUGAAUGAUAAGCUCAAGGUCCGACGCAUCUUCAUAGAUGACUUGGUGCUUGACCUGUCCACCGGCGUUAUCCUCAUCCAUCUCCUCGAAAUCCUCGGCGCAGAAUCCCUCGGUCGAUAUGCCUCGAACCCGAGACUGCGAGUGCAAAAGUUCGAAAAUGUCAACAAAAGUCUUGACUUCAUCAAAGGGAGGGGCAUUCAGAUGACCAACAUCGGUGCAGAGGAUAUUGUGGACGGUAACAGAAAGAUCAUCCUGGGACUAAUAUGGACCCUCAUUCUGCGAUUCACCAUCAGCGACAUCAACGAAGAGGGUAUGACCGCGAAGGAGGGUCUCCUGCUGUGGUGUCAAAGAAAAACGGCCUGCUACGAAGGAGUGCAGGUCCGCGACUUCUCCAGCAGCUGGAAUGACGGCCUUGCGUUUUGCGCCCUCCUAGAUAUCCAUCGUCCCGACCUGAUCGACUUCGAUGCCUUGGACAAGGCGGACCACCGUGGAAAUAUGAAAUUGGCUUUCGAUAUCGCCGCGAACGAAAUCGGUAUCCCGGAUUUGCUGGAUGUUGACGAUGUCUGCGACGUUCCCAAGCCUGACGAACGGUCCCUGAUGACAUAUAUCGCCUACUGGUUCCAUGCCUUCUCGCAACUGGAAAGAGUCGAAAACGCUGGUCGACGAGUGGAGAAGUUCAUCAACAACAUGCACGGUGCCUGGGAGAUGCAGAACUCUUACGAGCAGAGGAUGAAGGAGUUGCUGCGUCUGAUCCGGCAACAACGUGACCACUGGAAGAACUCCACCUUCGAAGGGACCUACAAAGACGCUAAAGACCAGGCUUUCCAAUUCUCCCUGUACAAGCGAAACCAGAAGCGCCAGUGGGUCGCCGAAAAAUCAGACCUAGCAGCCCUCCUCGGAAACAUCAAGACAAAGCUCAGCACAUACCGACUGCGUCCAUACGACCCCCCGGAGGCACUCCGCCUUGAGGUUUGCGAUCAGGAGUGGGAGUGCUUGACUCGCGAUGAACAUGAACGUAGCCAGCUUAUCAACGAGACGAUCCGUGAUAUCAAGAAUGCCCUUCGUCGGUCUUUUGCGGACAAAGCGAAUGACUUCGCACUAACUCUGAAAACAUUAUCCCUUGCGAUCUCCGGACUGGACGGUGACGUAGAGGACCAACUAUCGCACGUUAAGAGGCUCAAUGAUAAUCUGCCUCCCCUCGACGCCUUCUUAGAUACCAUUGCGGCAUUGGACGAGCAGUGCGCCGAAGCGAACAUCGAAGAAAACGACUACACCACGUAUACGCUGGACGAACUGUCCUACGAGUUAAGUCUUGUGAAAUCCAGUAUCUCCAAGAAGCUUGCGUUCCUCGAUAACCAACUCGUCGCCCGAAAUAUGACGAACCUGACUCCGAUCCAACUGGAGGAGUUCGAGUCCGUGUUCCGACAUUUCGACCGCGACUCAUCUAACACGCUCCACGAACUUGAGUUUUCGGCAGCUCUUGCCAGUCUCGGCCUUGUAUACGACGAAGAUGAGAUGCAUCAAGUCUACGUCGAAACUUGCGGUCCAGCCAGACUCGGACAAAACGCCGGCGUCAGCUUCGAACAGUUUAUUCGCUUUAUGGUCAGUGUAACGGAAGACCAGAACACCGCCGAACAGGUGUUCCAGAGUUUCCGCGAAGUUGCCGAUGGCAAGCCCUAUGUCACGGAACUUGAUCUUCGACACUCUCUGAUUCCGGAUGAACUUAUUGAGCAUCUUGUCCAGACCAUGCCGCAACAUCAGGGACCAGACCUGCUCGAAGACCGCGAGCUUGCCAAAUAUGACUACAUUAGCUUCAUGGAGAAGAUGAUGGAGAACAACAACGGCGGUCAUGACGCAGCCACCAAUGGAGGAGCCUAGGACACCCCCCGUUUGAAUUGAUUUCCUUUUCUGUCCCCUCAAUUCUCUUUAAUUAACAACCCCUUUCUUUUUCUCGGACUUUCAUACUCGGAUACAGCAACUGGUGUUUUUCUGGAGCCAAAAUGGAGGGUUGGGGUGUCUUGAUGGGCGAUUAUCUCCUGCAUGCAUAUCAGGCUGGUUUUGUCCUCUUUUCUGCGUCCUGGGGUUUUCUUUCCCGAUACCAAACAUUGUUUGCAAUUACUAGCAUGGAUCAGAGGGGUUGGGAGUAAUACUCAAAAUCUGAAUAGAAUUAUUG